AUGGACAAGUUUAUAAUUGGGAAGAAACGUGCCAAUGUGGCAAGUGUUAGCGAUUGUGAAGCUAGACCAAGUGUUAGUGGUGCUGUUUUUCUCACAAAAUGGAAAAAAACUUUUAUGGAAACUGGUUUUUCGAACUGGAAGAAAAGGGUAGAAAAGUUGAAUGCGCAUGAAGCAUUGGGCUACCACAGAGAAGCUGUACUGAAAUUCAAAUCCUUAAAAUCGAAUGUCAAUGUAUUUAGCCAGAUUUCCAAAGAAAAACUGACACAAAUGAAAGAAAACAGAGCUUGUUUACUAAAAAUCAUAUCUUCCCUCCGUUAUUUAGCAGUGCAGAGGGUUGCAAUACCUGGGCGUACUGAUGAAACAAGUAACUUUGACAAUUUAUUACGCCUUCGAUGUGAAGAUAACCAGCUACUUUUAAUAUGGCUACAGCGCGAAACUUACAAAUGGACAUCCCAUGAUGUGCAAAACGAAAUUUUGGGCAUUUUAAGUCAUAAACUUCCUAGAAAAUUAUUGGAGGAUAUCAAGAGUGCAGAGUACUUGGCAAUAAUAGCAGACGAAACAACAGACAUGGCCAACAAAGAGCAAUUUAGCAUCUGUAUAAGAUUUGUUGAUGUUUCGCUAGAGAUAGAAGAAUAUUUUUUAGGGCUAUACUCAAUACAAAGUAAUACAGCUAAGGCUCUGUUUGAUAUUAUUAUCAACAUUUUAAGACGAUUUGAUUUGCCUACAUCUAAUUGUAGGGGCCAGUGCUUUGACGCCCAGUGCUUUGACGGUUCUGCUAACAUGGCCGGAUUAUAUAAAGGUGUCCAGGCAAAUUUUAUGGAAAUGGAGAAGAGAUCUAUGUUUGUGCACUACCUUGCACACUGUUUAAAUCUAACACUACAAGACACUGUGAAAGCCGUUCCAGAAUGUCGAAAUGCAUUGAAUGUUAUGAAGGACUUAAUACAUUUUGUGAUAGAUUCACCUAAAAGAUUAGAUCUUUUUGCUCACCUGGAGGUAGAUGCCUCUGCAAAUUUGAAACCACUCUGUCCUACAAGUGAAGUAACUUCAAAAUGUCAAGAUAUAGAUGUUGAUUCCUCAACAUUACCCCGUAUAAGAAAAGUCCCUAAGAAAUACGAUGACUCCAUCAAUUUAUCUGUAGAAACGUUCACUGAAGUAUGUGACAAAUAUAGAAGAUUGUAUUAUGAAACAAUGGAUACAUCUAUCAGCUUCUUGGAAUCACGGUUCAAAACUCAACCAUUCAUGUCUGUAAAUCAAAGUGAACAAUUUCUUCUUGAUAUAGACAAAGAACACUUGCUCCUCCACCGAAGCAUGUUUCAUGAGAUUAUCCAAAGUAGUGACUCUGCGAAUACUAGUUCGUUGGAUGACAUAGUGAAAUACCUACAACAGGAAAACCACCUGUUUGACCUACAGUCUGAACUAGUGAAAUUCAUGUGUGUAGUGCUGACGAUUCCGGUAACGUCCUGCACCGUUGAGCGAUCGUUUUCUUGUCUGCGGAGGGUGAAAACGUAUCUUCGUUCUAUAACGAGGCAGGAUCGUCUUAAUAUCAUCGCCCUUCUCAACGCCCAUACAGAUGAAUCGAUGAAACUCGACCUUGAUGCCAUAUGUGACGAGUUCAUAUGCAAGAAUGAUCUGAGGAGGAGUACAUUUGCCAUCAAAAAUUAA